CGCGGCGCCCCGGUGGCCCCGGUCACUCGGUCACCCCGGCGCCGGGCGCGGGGCCCGAGGACCUGUGGCCGGGAGAAGCAGCGACCCGGGCUGCGCUCCGGUUGUCGGCGGCUGUCGCCGCCCCGGGGUCCGGCGGCUCUGCGGCGCCCGGCGCGGCCGCGAGUGGGGCGGAGGUCGUUGUCGCCGUCCGGCGCGCAGCCCUGGGCAUCGCCUUGUCCGGGGCGCAGCCUCGGGAACCGGCCCCCCGGCCCUCGUGCCGGCGUGCGGUUGGAGACCCUUCGGAGCGGCUCAUAGUCUCCCCUUUCACUUUUCCUUCCUUCCUGGCCGCCCGCGGCCGGAGCGACCUGCUUCAUUUGUGGAAGUUUUCUUUCUCCUCUUCUCUCUCUCUCUUUUUUGUUUCUGGCUGUUAACUUACGUAAGUUAGGUCGACUGGCCGUUGCACGUUUGCAGCCGUUGAAAAACACCUUUCGCGGCCCUUAAGGAAUCCGGUUCCUUUUAGCGCUUCACCAGAUCCAGCCCGAGAAUUCGGGGAGCCGUCAGCCCUCCUCGGGAGCUGACUGCACACAUUCCUAUGAUGUGCGAGGUGAUGCCGACCAUCAGUGAGGCAGAAGGCCCGCCGGGAGGAAGCGGGACCCACGGGUCGGGCUCCCCUUCGCAGCCGGAUGCAGAUUCCCACUUUGAGCAGUUGAUGGUGUCCAUGCUGGAGGAGAGGGACCGUCUUCUGGACACGCUGCGGGAGACUCAGGAAACGCUGGCGUUGACCCAGGGGAAGUUGCACGAGGUCGGUCACGAGAGAGAUUCCUUGCAGAGACAGCUCAACACUGCCCUUCCACAGGAGUUUGCGGCGCUUACUAAGGAGCUCAACGUCUGCAGGGAGCAGCUCCUGGAGAGAGAGGAGGAGAUCGCGGAACUGAAGGCAGAGAGGAACAACACCAGGCUGCUGCUGGAGCACCUGGAGUGCCUCGUGUCCAGGCAUGAGAGGUCUCUCCGGAUGACAGUGGUGAAGCGGCAGGCGCAGUCCCCGGCCGGCGUGUCCAGCGAGGUGGAGGUGCUCAAGGCCCUGAAGUCCUUGUUCGAGCACCACAAAGCUCUGGAUGAAAAGGUGAGAGAGCGGUUACGAGUAGCGCUUGAAAGGUGUAGUUUGUUAGAAGAAGAAUUAGGGGCCACGCACAAAGAGCUAAUGAUUCUUAAAGAACAGAAUAAUCAGAAAAAAACCCUAACAGAUGGAGUGCAUGACAUAAACCACGAACAAGAAAAUAUGCCGAGCACGAAUGGAAAGAGAGCUUCUGACGGUUCUUUAAGCCACGAGGAAGACCUCGCCAAGGUAAUCGAGCUCCAGGAAAUCCUAGAUAAGCAGUCAAAGGAGCAGAGCCAGAUGAAGGAGCGCCUGGCCGCCCUCUCCGCUCACGUGGCCGAGCUGGAGGAGGACCUGGACACGGCACGCAAGGACCUCAUCAAGUCCGAAGAAGUGAACACCAAGCUGCAGCGAGACGUCCGCGAAGCCGUGGCCCAGAAGGAGGACAUGGAGGAGAGGAUCACCACCCUUGAGAAGCGCUACCUCGCGGCACAGCGUGAAGCCACCUCCGUGCACGACCUCAACGAUAAACUUGAAAACGAGAUUGCCAAUAAAGACUCUAUGCAUCGACAGACGGAGGAUAAGAACCGCCAGUUGCAGGAGCGCCUGGAGUUGGCGGAGCAGAAGCUGCAGCAGACGCUGAGGAAGGCCGAGACGCUGCCCGAGGUGGAAGCCGAGCUGGCCCAGAGGGUGGCCGCCCUCUCCAAGGCCGAGGAGAGGCAUGGCAACAUCGAGGAAAGGCUGCGCCAGAUGGAGGCCCAGCUGGAGGAAAAGAACCAAGAACUGCAGCGGGCAAGGCAGAGGGAGAAGAUGAACGAGGAGCAUAACAAACGUCUGUCAGACACUGUCGACAAGCUCCUUUCCGAGUCUAACGAGCGGUUGCAGCUUCAUCUGAAGGAGAGGAUGGCCGCUCUGGAAGACAAGAACUCUCUAUUACGAGAAGUUGAAAAUGUGAAAAAGCAGUUAGAAGAAACGCAACGUGAGAAGGAUCGGCUCCUACUGAACGUGGAAGCACUGAGGGCUGAAUUAGAGCAGGCGAGACUGAGAGGCUCUUCCCUUCACCACGGGCGACCGCACUUGGGCAGCGUCCCAGAUUUCAGGUUCCCUCUGGCGGACGGCCCCACGGAUGCCUACAGCAGCGCGGUGUUGCGCCCCCGGAAAGGCCGUGUGGCCGCUCUGCGAGAUGAGCCUUCCAAGGUACAGACUCUUAACGAACAGGAUUGGGAACGUGCCCAACAAGCUAGCGUCCUAGCAAACGUGGCACAGGCGUUCGAGAGCGACGUCGACGUGUCUGAUGGCGAAGACGACGGGGACACGCUCUUCAGUUCGGCCGCUCUGCUCUCGCCCAGUGGGCAGGCCGAUGCCCAGACGCUGGCCAUGAUGCUGCAGGAACAGCUGGACGCCAUCAACAAAGAGAUCAGGCUCAUUCAAGAAGAGAAGGAGAGCGCGGAACAGCGGGCGGAGGAGAUUGAGAGCCGAGUGGGCGGCGGCAGCUUAGACGGCCCCGGCCGUGUUAGACCCGCGGGCUCCGGCGCCCCGCACCCCGCGUCCCCGCUCGCGGGCCCCUCCCCUCCACACAGCGGGCGCUCCACCCCACGGAGGGGCCCGCACAGCCCCGCCAGGGAGGUGGACAGACUGGGGGUCAUGACUCUAUUGCCGGCUUCGCGCGAAGAGGUACGAGACGACAAGGCAACGAUAAAAUGUGAAACGUCCCCUCCUUCCUCCCCGAGGUCCCUGCGCUUGGACAGACUGCACCAGGGGGUGCUCCACGCGGCCAGCCACGAGGACAUCAGGGACGCCAGAAACUCGACAGGCUCUCAGGACGGCCCCGUGAGCAACCCCAGCAGCAGCAACAGCAGCCAGGACUCGCUGCACAAGGCGCCCAAGAAGAAGGGCAUCAAGUCCUCCAUCGGCCGCCUGUUUGGCAAGAAAGAAAAGGGCCGUCCCGGCCACGCUGGCAAGGAUCCCGCGGGGCCAGCUGCUGUUUUGGAGGUGGAAAACUCCUCUCAGGACGCCCUGGGACUCAGCAAAUUGGGCGGACAGGCUGAGAAAAACCGUAAACUUCAAAAAAAGCACGAAUUGCUCGAGGAAGCCCGGAGACAAGGCUUACCUUUCGCACAGUGGGACGGGCCCACCGUUGUUGUUUGGCUGGAGCUCUGGGUCGGGAUGCCUGCCUGGUACGUAGCCGCUUGCCGAGCCAACGUGAAGAGCGGGGCCAUCAUGUCUGCGCUGUCCGACACGGAGAUCCAGCGUGAGAUCGGCAUCAGCAACCCUCUGCACCGGCUGAAGCUGCGGCUGGCCAUUCAGGAGGUCAUGUCCCUGACUAGUCCGUCAGCCCCUCCUACUUCGAGAACGACGCUGGCAUACGGGGACAUGAACCACGAGUGGAUCGGCAAUGAGUGGCUGCCCAGCCUGGGCCUCGCGCAAUACCGCAGCUACUUCAUGGAGUGCCUGGUGGACGCGCGCAUGCUGGACCACCUGACCAAGAAGGACCUCCGAGGGCAGCUGAAGAUGGUCGACAGCUUCCACAGGAACAGUUUCCAGUGCGGAAUUAUGUGCCUGCGAAGGUUGAAUUACGACCGUAAGGAGCUAGAGAGAAAAAGAGAAGAAAGCCAGAGUGAAGUAAAAGAUGUGCUGGUUUGGAGCAAUGACCGAGUGAUUCGCUGGGUCCUGUCGAUUGGCCUUAAAGAGUUUGCGAACAAUCUCGUAGAGAGUGGCGUUCACGGUGCGCUGAUGGCCUUAGAUGAGACAUUCGACUUCAACGCCCUGGCGCUUCUGCUUCAGAUCCCGACCCAGAACACACAGGCUCGUGCCGUCUUGGAACGGGAGUUUAACAACCUUUUGGUCAUGGGGACGGACAGAAGAUUCGAUGAAGACGACGAUAAAAGCUUUAGGAGGGCACCUUCUUGGAGAAAAAAAUUUAGACCAAAGGACGUUCGUGGCUUGGCUGCUGGGUCUGCAGAGACUCUCCCCGCAAAUUUCCGGGUCACUUCCUCUCUGUCCUCACCCUCUAUGCAGCCAAAGAAGAUACAGCUGGACGGCAGCGUUUCGGGACCGCAGAGGCUGGAUUCCGCCACAGUCAGGACUUACUCCUGCUGACGCCCCCUGUGUUUACCCACACUACUUCUACCGGUGAUCGUGCAGCACUCUGAGUCCGAAGGGGACUACGUUUUAAAGUUCAGCGGGAUCUUUAAUCUGUUAAUACUUGUUAUAUGGACCCUGAGAUAUUUUAUUACAGAGUUUUUAAUUAGUGAAGAAUUCAUGAAUACCAUAGAGAAAAUAUUUUAGAAUUUAAUGUUUCUUAUAUUUAUGUAAACUUACGACUUCUUUUAUAUAGUUACUUACUUUUUCAUGUAUAUCCAGGCUAUAAAUAUCCUUUCCAAUCAAUUCAUGGUCUUCUAUCUAAGUUUAGUCUUUCAAAUGAAUGUACUGUAAUGCUUGUAUGUAUAAAUCCUAUGAACAAAUAUAGGGCUUUUGUAAAUUAUGCAUUUAUUGUAAUUAUCAUUGUUUAAUUUUUUAUUAAUAAACCCUGACAGAGAAAAGGAUUUUACCGCGUUUGUAAAAUCAUCGUGACACAGCGUGCAUUUUCCUUGACAAAUGUCACGUAGCUCUACAACAAUCAUUUUGAAAUAAUCAGACUUAAUUUUGAGCAAUUGUUGUAUUUUAAUGACUGACCUUGACUACACUUUUUCUAGCAAGAAAUGCUUUAUUCUGCAGUGUGAACAGAUUAAAAAUAUCUGGUGUUAAAUAUCAGCUAAUAAAACUGGGAGUGGAAGGGUUAUCGGAACACUACGAACAUCUCCUAGGACCGGUGAGCCCUUUCAGAGCCUUGUCCCUGGGGGCUGGGCAGCUUUUGCCUGGAGUGACCGGCAGGACCCGGGAGCUGAGGACCCAGAAAGCCUGGGCAGCGGGGCCUGGGCACCCCAAGCUCCCUGGCCCCAGAACUCUCAGAGGACCAAUCAGGAAGCACUGGGCUCCCACCGUGGGGCAGGGUGCUGGGUGCCCACCCAGGAGGAGGGCGCGAGAUCCUGGAAAUAAUGUAGUGCAACUCUAAUAAAGGCCUUAUUGUUCUUACGGAAAUCAACUUUUUACAUUUGUUUGUAAACAUGUUUAAAGAGUGGACCUCGUCGUCCGUUUGUAGAUUUUGAUGCGACAGCCAUUUCGGUUUAUAGAAGUAGCAAAUGUAACUUACUUUUUAUGCGGCAUAUUAAAAAGCCAGCAAGAAAUGUGCUCAGAUCAUGGUGUGUUAUUUAUUAUGCAGCUGAUACAGGGAUAGAAACGGCAUGUCUUUUUACAUUUGGUUUCUGCUUUUAAUUUACUUGUACAAUUGACCGUUUCCGUUCUAUUUUUUCUAUUAAUCUUUUGUGAACCUCCUGAUUGUGUAACAAAGUAUGUACAGUCUACUUUUGAACUAUUUUUAUCACAGUAUUAUUUAUUGCUGUCUUUCAAUACAGUAGUGAAGCGUUUCCCACUGCCAAUAAAGAAUACUGAGCAUAA